AUGUGCACGUCUUUAGAAAGAUUGAACCUAUGGGAUGAGUAUCGGUACAAACUUUUGGAUGAUGAGGAGAAACAUUUCUUGGUGCUUAUGUUGGGUGACUUCCGAGAUGCGAUGAUAUUCCCAGAAGAACUUGUGUGGCGUUUCAAAUGUGAGAUCCCAGGAGAGAUCAAGCUAGUAAGCCGAAAGGGUUAUAGUCACGCUAUUGUGGUUGCCAAGAACCAAGAAAAGCUUGUCUUUACAGUGGGUUGGAGGCAGUUUGUUGGACAGUAUGAUCUACAGAUGGGUGAUUCCUUAAUACUAAAAUACAAUGGGAACUGCCAGUUUGAUGUCAUAAUCUUUGAUAAGCUUGGCCGUGAAAAAGCAUUAUCGGUUGUUGUGGAUCCUUUUUUGCCUCAGGUCCAAGAAAAUCCCAACAAGGCACAUGAAAUCGGAUCUUCUAAAAAGAUAGAUGUGCCUUCUGAAAGAUACAAAAGCUGGACUGAAUAUCACUACACAAACUUGGAUGAUGAAAAGAAAUAUUUCUUAAUGGUUAUGAUGGGUGAUUUUCAACAUGAGAUGAUCAUCCCAGAAGAAUUUGUUCGGCGUUUCAAGGGCGAGUUCCGAAGAGAGAUGAUACUUGAAGCAAAAAACCGUUGCAGUUACAUUAUUGCAGUUGCCAAGAACCAAGAAAAGCUUGUCCUUACAGUGGGAUGGGGCAUAUUCGUUAAAACCUUUGGUCUAGAGAUGGGUGACACCAUAGUACUCAGAUACAAUGGAAACUCCCAGUUUAGUGUCAUAAUCUUUGAUAAACUUGGCUGUGAGAAGGCACUUUCAGUUGUGGAUCUUUUUCCGCCUCUUGUGCAAGAAAGGCACACGACUGUGAAAAGUUCCCAUUUACAUCCUCAGCCCAUACAAAUGGUACUGCCAGAGUCACCACCAACGAAAAGGCAGCGGCACUUCCAAAUGGAAGUGGACGAGUCAUGUCAAGGCAAAAUCACUGCAAUAAAUAUUUCCUCCGCCGAGCCAUCUGGAGAGUCUUUCUCCUCUGAAGAUAACCAUGGAACACGUGAUGUGCCUGGUUCCAAUUACAUUCUCAGGAAGAAGAAGGCCAAUCUAUCUUCAUUUCUUUUUGAAGGAGAUUCUUUCUCCUCUGAAGAUGGCCAUGGAGGACGGGAUGCCAUUGUCAAGAAGGCGGCAAAAUUAACUUCAGCUCAGAAGGAGCAGUUGAAUGACGGUUACAUCACCGUGCGCAAGACCAAACUAACUUCAGCUCAGAAGGAAGUGGUGAAGCAGAAGGUCCAAUCUAUACACUCAGAGAUCCCCAUCUUUGUUGCUGUGAUGAGCAAGACCAACGUUGAUUCAGGAUUUUUUCUGACUUUCUCCAGGUACUAUGCUAAUAAAUAUCUUGGAGAGGAGCCGCACAUGGAUCUUCAGCUGCUUGGCAAGAAGUGGGGGGUGCGGUUCCUUGACCACCGUUGCGAUAGAAAGCUUGGAAGUGGAUGGAGACAGUUUGUAGAAGAAAACAAUCUGAAGAUGGGUGAUAUCUGCCUCUUCGAGCUGCUGAGCAAUCAGAAGAGAACUAUGGAGGUCUAUAUCAUCCCUGCGAAUGGUUACAAUUACUCGGCAGGUGUCCAGAAUGAUGUGGACCAGGAAGCGCUCGAAGGUGGUUCAGCGGCGCUGCAGAGAGAGGCCCUUGCUCAUCACGCGGAUGGAGCGCGUGAUCCUGACUCGAUAUUGCUUCGCAUCACUAAUUAA